AUGCGUUCUCCGAUCAUCUUGCUCGUUGCAGCCCUCACGGGCAGUUCCCUUGCACAUCCUUAUGCCCAAGGAUGGGGAAGCAACUCAACCACCACGAGCACGACUUCUCUGUCGAGCAGCACCACAUUGGUGUCGACGACGACGACGAGUGCUUCAACCAGCAGCGUGAGCACCAGCACCUCGAGCUCAACAUCCUGCUCCACAAAGUCGCAUAGCUCCAGCACCUCCACCAGCUCAGUCCCAACGACGAGCUCGACUUCGUGCACCACGACAUCGUUGAAGCCGACAACCUCGACAACCGCCUCCACUUCGAGCACGACGACCAAGAAACCGCACAAGACAACGACCACAAGCGUUGCCACAACCACAACCAGCGUUCCUGCAACCACAACCACCCCUGCGACGAUUUGGACCACCAUCACCACCACGGAAUGGAUUACAAAGACCAAAUUUGUUCCAUGCUCUACCCCGGUGGCGACUCAAGGCGCAACCACAAUUUACACGACCUGGGUCACUGCCGAGACCUACACCACCACCACAUGCUACCCUAUCACAACUCCAUGGCACCCAAAGCCAACUUCAACUCCUCCCGCCCAAAUCACGACAGCUCCUGUCUGCCCUCCUGCAGUGACCAAGACCGUGACUGUGACCGUGACCCAGCCUCCUAGCAAUGGCGGUUCUGGAACUUACUACCCACCAGCACAAUGCAACCACUGCCAGACCAUCACUUACAUUGAUGUCUGGGGUAUCACCUGCACAAUCGCCAUUCCAAACCCUCCUGCACCAACCACGACCACGCUCACCACUGUCGUCACGUCUACCCAGAAGCCAACGACCACUGCGGCCCCGACAUCCACCAGCACAAGCACCACCACGAAGAAGCAUCACAAGUCUACAACCACGACAUCUGCUUCUAGCACUUUGACCACGUCUUCUUCUUCUGUCUCGACCACCACGUCUGCGUCAACCACAUCCACUUCUUGCACCACCACAUCCGCAUCCAGCACCUCUGCUUCAACAACCACAUCCGCAUCAUCCACCUCUGCUUCGACGACCACCUCUGCAUCCACCACAUCCGCCUCUACCACCACAUCCAGCGCCCCUACAACUUCCACAACUUCGACAAGUGCACCAGUGACCACGAGCACUACGUCGGCAGCCACAACUACCACGCCAGCAGUGACAACCACAUCCGCAGUCACUACCACAUCUGCUCCAGUCUCGACCACCAGCGCUACGACAGUGUGGUAA